GUUUAAGAAAAAUCAGUGUUUUAUAAUCCUCUGCAUUUGAGCACGUUGCUGCAUUAAUUUCAUACACCCCCACCACCAUUUUCCUUCCAACUAUGCAAACGAUCCAAACAACAGAUCUCACACACUAAAAAGUUUCAAUCUUUACUUCAAAAAUCUAGUAAAUUAACCUCCAAAUCACCAUGUACCACCUCAAGUUUAGCUCAAGAACCCUUCUUCUCCCCGCAAUUCUACUCCUCCUCCUCACCUCCGCAGCAGUUUUUUCAGAAAUCGAAGACGCUGAUGAUCUGGGAGACAUCGAUGAACUCAUCGCAAUAGACGACGAGCAAGAAAACGGAGCAAAUUCGGAGCCCGCAGCUGCGAAUUUUGAAACUGGGAAGAAAUCGGAGGUGCUGAGCAGAGCUCAGAGAGUAGUGCUUGAGCUCAACGCCGACAGCGCGAAGAGGGCAAUUGAGGGGAAUGAGUAUGUGUUGGUUUUGGGGUACGCGCCGUGGUGCGGCAGAAGUGCUGAAUUGAUGCCGAGGUUUGCUGAGGCGGCGAAUGUGCUCAAGGGUUUAGGGAGUAGGGUUUUGCUGGCCAAGAUUGACGGCGAUAGGUACUCGAAGGCGGCUUCGAGCAUUGAGAUUAAAGGGUUCCCAACUCUGUUGCUGUUUGUCAAUGGCACCUCUCGGCCUUACACCGGUGGAUUUUCAUCGGAAGAAAUUGUGUUGUGGACGAGGAAGAAGACGGGGGCACCUGUCAUUGAAAUAAGCUCAGUGGCUGAUGCGAAUGAAUUCCUGAAGCAUCACUCCACUUAUGCAGUUGGGCUGUUCGACAAAUUUGAGGGACCUGAUUAUGGAGAAUUCGUGAAAGCUGCUGCUGCUGACAAUGAAGUUCAAUUCAUAGAAACGAGCAGCGUUGAGGUAGCCAAAGUAUUAUACCCUGUUGGCACGCCAACUAAGCCUUUCUUUGGUCUUGUGAAAAGUGAACCAGAGCAUUACACAUCGUUUGAUGGGCACUUCAGUUCCAAUGAAAUCUUGCUUUUUUUGGAGAACAACAGAUUCCCGUUGGUUACUGUAAUGACUGAGCUCAACUCUGCUAAAGUGUAUUCCAGCACAAACAAGCUACAGGUGUAUGUCUUUGCUGAGGAUGACGACUUGCAGAAGCUUCUUAAGCCAUUGCAAGAAAUUGCGAAGAAGUUCAAGUCACAGAUGAUGUUUGUAGCUGUAGAUAUUAGAGAGGAAAACCUCGCGAAGCCCUUCCUAACUUUAUUUGGUCUAGAAGACUCGGAGGAUGCAGUGGUUGUUUCUUUUGACUACAACAGCAACUCCAAGUAUCUGCUAGAAUCUGACAUAACAUCAAGAAAUAUUGAAGAAUUCUGCACUGGCCUCGUGCAAGGGACGUUGAAGCCAUACUAUAAGUCACAAACAAUUCCUGAUAAUAAAAACGCCAGCGUUCUGACUGUGGUGGGAAAGACAUUUGAUGAGUUGGUCAUUAACAAUCCAGCAAACAUUGUUUUGGAGGUUUGUUAUUUAUAUCUAUAA